AUGGGGAACAGCCUGAAUCGGUUUAUUUUUAAUAACCCCAUCGAGGGGUGCUACGAAAAAUUCCGUUUGGAUUUUAUUUUUGUUGAAACGGAGAGCGGGGACAGAAUUGCUGCCCACUUCAUCAAUAGGAAAGCCCCACUAACCAUUUUGUUCUGCCAUGGCAAUGGUGAGAACAUCUACAUGUUGUAUGAUUAUUUUCGCGAGACGUCCAAAAUAUGGAAUGUGAACGUUUUAUUGUACGAUUACCCUGGAUAUGGAGAGAGCACCGGAACUCCUAACGAACAGAGUAUGUACCAAAGUGGAAGAGCCGUGUAUGACUACAUGGUGCACGUCUUAAAUAUAAAUGCAGACAGCAUUGUGCUGUACGGGAAGUCCAUAGGUUCGUGUGCUGCGAUCGACAUAGCCAUCACGAGAAAGGUAAAAGGCAUAAUUCUGCAGAGUGCCCUAAUGUCCAUCCUGAACAUUUGCUUUAAAACGCGGUUUAUCCUUCCGUUCGAUUCUUUCUGCAACAUAAAGAAGAUCGGCAUGGUUCCCUGCUUCGCCUUUUUCAUCCACGGCACUGACGACAAGAUAGUCCCCUUUUAUCACGGACUGAGCCUCUAUGAAAAGUGUAAACUGAAAGUGCAUCCCUACUGGGUUGUAGGCGGCAAGCACAACGACAUCGAGUUGAUUGAGAACAAGAAGUUCAACAAGGGAAUCAAGUCUUUUUUGAAGUUUCUGCAUACUGUGUAA